AUGCCCACCCACUAUAUGUAGCAUGUCACAAGCAAGGAAGAAGCGCAAACAGUAUCGCACCGCCGAACAGUGAACUACCAGAUCAAGACACAGGACAGAGACCAUGAUGUCACGUCAUAGAGUCCUCUCUCUGGCACUGCUGGCUGUGGUCAGCGUGGUCAGCGUGGAGUCCGGCAAGAACUGGGUCCUGAUAGUGGCCGGAGCUAAGGGUUACGACAACUACGCCUCUCAGUCCUGCACGUGCCACGCCUACCACACGAUGCGCAACAACAGCAUACCCCCAGAGAAUAUCGUCCACAUGUCUUACGAUGACGUAGCUCAUAGCCGUUAUAAUCCCAUCCAAGGAAACCUCGUUAACGUUCCUGGAGGGCCGAAUCUUUACCCCGGAUGUGAAAUGGACUACCGGAAGGACGAAGUCACACCGGAAGUCUUUCUCAAAGUUCUCACAGGCGACAAGGAGGGCGUGAAGAAGCUGAUUGGUAGAGACGGUAAGGUGAUUGCCAGCGGUCCCGACGAUCAUGUGUUCGUCUAUAUGAUUGAUCAUGGAGGCCCAGGGGUCUUCUUCUUUCCUUCUUUCGUAGAGAUGCACAACACCGACCUCAACAAUGCUCUCAAACAGAUGCACAAAGAAAACAGGUAUAAGAAGAUGGUACUUUACAUGGAGGCCUGCUUUUCGGGGAGCAUGUUUGAGGGUAUACUUCCGAAAGACAUCAAUAUCUACGUUACAACGUCCGCGAACGCCCACGAGGAAGCAUACAUGUGCUGUUGGGACAAAUUCCGUAAAGCGUACGUAGGAAGUGUGUAUGAUAACGCCUGGAUGUACAACACAGACAAGGCAAAUCUCCACAAGGAAACACUCUACCAGCAGUACGAACUCGUGAAAAAAGCCUGCAACACUAAUACAGACGUGAGUCACCCCCAGCAGUACGGAGACGUGAAAAUGAACAAGGAACACCUCGCUCAGUUCCAGGCAGAAUCAGAGCUAUACAAACCCGGCGUCCGUUAUAAUACGCACGACACAGAUGAACACACUCUGGGGUCAGAGUUCAACUUUGCCGGAAUCGACCUCAAUAAUCCCGCCAUUGACAUGGUUCAGAUCGCCACCACGGCCCGUCGCCUCAUCGAGUCACGUGAUCUCAGUGGUCAACAACGGGAAGAGCUCGAGGCCGAAUUACGUUAUCUGAUGCUGAUCAAGAAAAAAGCCGAGUUGCUGACCAAAGACAUGGUCAGGGCAGCCUUGUCCAGCCCCAGAGGUGUGACGGAGACCGACAUACUGACCGGCAAAGAGCGAGUCGACAACUCUGAGUGUUACAAGGCUGCCCUGAGCCUCUUCUCUGCUCGAUGUCCAGGCAUCGACAUGGGCAGGUAUCCAUUCGUCAGGAGAAAUCUACAGGCCUUUAUUAACCUCUGCAACCACCAGCCCCAAACUGACGUCAUGAACGCCAUCAUGCAGGUCACGGAGAAGUACGGAAUUUGCCGGGCUCUGUAGAUCCGACGGAUCAAGUUGUCUUCGGUUCCCGACUACCUCCCCUUCCGCUAAUUUCUACUCUUUUACUCAGAAGUUAUUUGCAGUGCGUCUUUUUAUCUUUUACCUUAUUACAAGUUUUAACUAACA